UUCUCCAUUGAUGCGCAUUACUCCUCUCUUUUCCAAAUUCUCCCCGCCUGUUUUUCCCCUCUCUUAUACUCUUCCUCCAAAUUAAUUUAAAAUUUCAGACCCACUUAAUUUCAGCUCUAUUAGUCGAUCUAUUCCAUUAUCGAUUUUUAGGGUUUCGAGAUCUAUUUAGAUGAUGAUAAAGAUUCAGGUUGCAUUUAGAAAUUCAGCUCUUUAGUAGGGGAUUUUGUUAGAAGUUACGAAUGUCUGAAGGAGGAACAAAUCUAGUGUUAGAAACUUCUGGAAAUGAGAUAGACUUGUCUCCGGAGGAUACUGGGACAAUAGAAGAGAUACGUGAGGCAGAGAGUGCUGUUUUAUUGCACCAAACAUCUGUGAAUCUUGUUCCAGCAAUUGGACAAAGAUUUGUUUCUCAAGAUGCUGCUUAUGAGUUCUACUGUAGUUUUGCGAAACAAUGUGGGUUUUCGAUUAGAAGGCAUCGUACACGAGGGAAAGAUGGUGUCGGAAGGGGUAUAACGAGAAGGGAUUUCACUUGUCAUCGUGGUGGGUAUCCGCAGUUAAAACCAUCUGAAGAUGGGAAGUUACAAAGGAAUAGGAAGUCUUCGCGUUGUGGGUGUCCUGCGUAUUUGAGAAUUGUUAGAAGGGCGGAUUUUGAUGUACCUGAAUGGCGUAUUACUGGGUUUACCAAUACACAUAACCACGAGCUUUUAAAAUCGAAUGAAGUUCGUCUUCUGCCUGCUUAUUGUACGUUAUCUGCAGAUGACAAAAGUCGCAUCUGCAUGUUUGCAAAAGCAGGGAUGUCUGUUCGCCAAAUGCUAAGACUAAUGGAGUUGGAAAAAGGUGUGAAGCUUGGGAAUUUACCGUUUACUGAGAUAGAUGUGAGAAACCUCUUGCAAUCUUUCAGAAAUGUUGAUCGCGAUAAUGAUGCUAUUGAUCUUCUUUCAAUGUGCAAAAACAUCAAGGAUGAUGAUCCUGACUUCAAAUAUGAUUUCAAGAUAGGCACGAAUAAUAGGUUGGAGUGUAUUGCUUGGUCUUACUCCUCAUCACUUAGACAAUAUGAAGAUUUUAGGGAUGUACUGGUUUUUGACACAACUCAUCGCUUGGAGGCCUAUGAUAUGCUUAUAGGGAUCUGGAUUGGGGUGGACAAUCAUGGCAUGAAUUGCUUUUUCGGGUGUGUUCUCCUGAGGGACGAAAAUAUGCAAUCUUUUUCCUGGGCACUAAAGACCUUCUUGGGCUUCGUUAAGGGAGUGGCUCCACAAGCAAUAUUGACUGAUCAGAACAUUUGGCUGAAAGAUGCAAUUUCUAUAGAAAUGCCUAGCACCAAACAUGCCUUUUGCAUUUGGCACAUAAUCGCGAAGUUCUCAGAUUGGUUUUCACCAUUGCUCGGGUCAGCUUAUGAUGCUUGGAGAGCAGAGUUCCAUCAGCUAUAUAAAUCGGACACGGUGGAUGACUUUGAAGUAGGAUGGACAGAGAUGACUAAUACAUAUGGACUCCACGGAAACAAGCACAUUGCAAGUUUACAUGCAUUACGGAUGUACUGGGCCUUGCCCUUCUUGAGAUCAUAUUUCUUUGCAGGAAUGACAAGUACAUUUCAACCCGAGAAAAUAAAUACUUUUAUCCAACGACUUUUGGGUGCACAGUCUGAACUUGACCAUUUUGUGGAGCAAGUAUCUGUUAUUGCUGAUUUCCGAGACCAAGUGGGAGCUAAAAUAAAGAUGCAAGGGAAACUCAACAAAGUGUCUCUUAAAACGGGAUCACCUAUUGAAUCACAUGUUGCUACAGUUUUUACACCUUAUGCCUUCUGUAAGCUCCAAGAAGAGCUUGUGUCAGCACCACAAUAUGCAUCAUUUCAAAUGGAACAGGAUUGUUUCCAUGUGAGACACCAUACUCGAGCAGAUGGAGGGCGGAAAGUUAUGUGGGUUCCUUCAGAAGAACUGAUUAGCUGUAGCUGUCAUCAAUUUGAGUUCUCCGGUAUCCUUUGUAGGCACAUUCUUCGAAUCCUGUCAACAAAUAACUGUUUCCACAUCCCAGACCAAUAUCUACCCAACCGCUGGCGUCGUACUAACUCAAUUUGUAGGAAAUCCCCGUGCACUACUGCUACUACUGUGGAAAACGGUGAAAGAUUUCAGAAAUUGCAAUCUAUGGUUUCAUCGUUGAUGGCAGAAGCAGUUGAAACUGAAGACUGUCUUGAGUUUGCUUGCGACCAAAUUUCCAUGGUGUUAUCUCGUAUUAAAGGAAUUCCAAAUCUUUCUCAUCAUGAGACUGAUGUCACUUACGAUGGCCCUUCCGACCCACUGAUUUUACCUGAAGUGGAAGAUGACGAUGAUGGUAUAAUUCAGGGAUUCACUAGUGUAAGUGCACAUGAAAAUUUUGGAAAGGCAAACGAUAAAAGAAUGAAAGAUGGGUUUGAGUUCCCUAAGAAACGGAGGCGAUGCACCUUGCCUUGGUGCGGGCAAUUUGGGCAUGACGCAGUCGAUUGCCCAAUGGUGGAAGGUGAUGGCUUAAAUGGGGACGAGCUUGGGUUCUUGUAGAGGAAGACACUCUUCACAAGCACAGAAAGUCCGUGCAAGUACCGACUCGGCAAUUCUGGGGUAUAUCUUCAUUUGCUUUUUUGCAGUAUUAAGAUGCGACUCUCCUGUUGGAAAUAUAAAACUGUUAUUUCCCAUCUUAAAUGGACGAAACUGAAAAUUUUGAUUGCUAUUUACUCUGACAUUAUGACUAUACAACAGGAUGACAGUUUGUAAUUGUAAUAAAUUUACUUAACUAGGAAAGUAGAAAAUAAUUUGCAUUCUGCUACACAGCUUUCUGUAAAAAAAUUCUGUCUCGUCUAUGUUAUGAUUCAGUCAGAGCUACUGUCUGACUGGUUUGCUCU